CACAAUUCCGCCUGUUGCAUUUGCCCUCAUCUCCUUGGAUCUCCUUGGUCAGCCCGUAAUUCCGACAUUUCCGACAGGAGCCGAGGGCAGUGAAGUAUCGAUACACUUCCCAUGGCCAUAUUUGGCUGAGCAUCGGCGGAGCGUGAGCCCAGGAAAGCAUUUUCUAACGACCAAAAUGAGCUUUUGUCUGUCGUCUAUCUCAAGAAAAAUAUCCAAACGUUGUUUUCAGUGAAGUUGACUGCGUCACGCUCUCAAAAGGACAAACUGCGACCUGCUGCAGAGAGCACAGCUUUGAUCCACAGGAACUCUGACACACGCAGCUGCAGAAAACACUGGAAAACCUGUCAGGAGGCACAGUGAAACAUCAUGACGACACUACUGGACCUGAAGAGUAGUGUGCUGAGGCAGGUGCAGAGGAGCCAGUCACUGAGGAGCCGUAGGGAGGCUCCGCCCUCUGCCGGCAGCCCGCUCACACACUGUCCUGAGCCCUUGCCUCGCAGGGUUUCCGAGGAGAGCGGGGAGUUCUUUGAGCGCGUGAACGCCGUCUUGCAGAAACAGGAGAACAUGCUACAGGCUGCCCAGGCUGAGAGCCAGAGAGGGGCCUGCACGGUGCCACCGCCCCAGGAACACGUAGACCAGUCUUUCAUCCCCGACAGAAUCAGCAGGAGUGAGCUGGACCUGCUUUAUGAGGAAGCUGUGUACACAGUGGUCAACCGAGUGGGAGUACCUCCACCAGAACAUGUGAAAAGUGAUGAAGAGCUGUUUGCUUAUCUUCGAAAGGUGUUUGAUAUGGGGGAAGAAGAACAUGACAUUAUUCACCAAAAGGUCCUUGAAUCCAAGAGAGCCACGUUUUCUUUGAGAGUGUCUGUCAUGAAAGCAAAGAACCUGAUGGCCAAGGAUGCAAACGGGUACAGCGACCCCUACUGCAUGCUGGGAAUCCUGGGGGGCCAGAGCCCACAGGAGUUGGACGAGAAGAAGGAGAGAAAGUUCAGCUUCAGGAAGAGAAAGGAGAAGCUGGAGAAACGCUCUAGUACGAAAGAGGUUUUACCCGCCAGGUGUAUCCAGGUGACCGAGGUCAAACCCGAGACUCUGAACCCGGUGUGGGAAGAGCACUUUGUGUUUGAAAUAGACGAUGUUCACAAUGACCUCUUACAUCUUGACAUAUGGGAUCAUGAUGAUGACGUGUCUGUUGCUGAGGCCUGCAAAAAGCUCAAUGAAGUCAGCGGACUUCGAGGAAUGGGGAGGUAUUUCAAGCAGAUUGCCAAGUCAGUGCGUGCUAAUGGAUCUGCAUCAUCGGGCUCUGAGGAGAACGCAGACGACUUCCUCGGAUGCAUCAACAUCCCUUUGAACGAGAUACCGGUCGUGGGAUAUGACACCUCGUUUAAGCUCGAACCUCGAUCAAGUACAUCCAAAGUUCAGGGAGAGUGUCACCUCAUACUGAAGCUCUUCACCUGCCAGAGGGACACAGAUUUGUCCAGGAAAGACUCAAAUGUCUCCAUUCACAAGAAGCUGCUGAGUCAGAUCAUGGAAUAUGAGCACAUUCAUGUAAAGAGGGAGCCCUACAACUGGAACGGGCAGGUUUGUCCUGCAGCAUGGACUGUGCUGACUCAUCAUGCUGUGCAAACUGAUCUCUCACCUCUGCAGCAAGCCAUUAUUCGUUGGCAGUGCUACAGCAGCCACCACAGGACCCAGAGGGUGUGCUACUCCCUGCUGCUGCGCCUCCUGAGGACCAUCGAUGCAGAGUGGGACCCUGCCGCUGUGAGAGGAGACCUGGAGAGGCAGCUGUCAGACAGCUUCAGGCUGUACACAGAGCACUGCCUGUGCCUGAUGAAGAACAUGCGUCAGGUUUUCCCCUGCACCAGCGCCGCCGCCAUUACACGCUACGAGCUCAUGCUGAGGGGGAUUGGUUACAUACAAAACAUGCGAGCGUUUAAGACUGUAUGUCCUCUUCGAAAUGAGCUGCAUUUGGACAUCACUACUGCUGUCAAGAAAGGGAGUGCAGAGUGGUACGAGAGCUUAAUUGCACAAUUCAACCCGGAGGACGGAACUCUGGAGGAUCAGCUGAAGAAGCUGGUUCAGGUGGUUGAUGCUGUUAUUGCGGACGUGCAGAGAAGCCAGAACAUCUACAACAAACUCUUCUACAGUGCAGUCAAAGUGGAUUUUUUCAGCAUUUCAUACAGGCAGUUGGAGAAACAGGUAGCGGAUGAUAUUAAUGUGGCGAUGGAGCGGGUCUGUGGGACUCUGGAGCAGGAGAGCUCCAGACUGACUCAAGCGAUGGGAGAGACCAUCUUUGAGCUCUUCAUGUCCUUGAAAAUCCUCAAAUCCUUCCGGGACUUCCUUCCUCUUAAGGAUGCGAAAAUGUUAGCCCUAACAGGCUUUCAUAACUGGUUCAAGUCCUCGAUUCACAAGUGGCUGCAGAUCAUUCAUGAUAGAUCCUGUGACAGGAUUCGUAUAGCUGUGGAAACAGACAAGCUGGAGACUGUGCAGCAGGCCAAACACAGCUCCUCAGCAGUGGAAGUGGCAAAAUGUUUCAGCCAGGUACGUGAGAUCUGGCUCCAGCUGGCUUGGCCCGACUCUGCAGGGGCCUUCAUCUUUAUCACGCGUUUGACAGACAAUUUCUGCAGUGAGGCCGUGUGCUACUCUGAGAUGAUAACUCGCAAGAUCGAGAGGAACCAGCUGGGCAGAGACCACAAGAGCUUCACAGUGCAGCUCUGCAUCGGGCUGAACAACACGGAGCAUGUGCGUGUAUACCUGGGUCAUCUGCCCCGUGACCUGGACUGGCAGGGUGUGGAGCGGGCCAUGGAGGAGUCCUGUGGGGUGGACGGGAAGGAGCAGGUUUACAAGGCACUCAAUGGGCAGCUGUUUAACAUGGACCUGGACCUGCAGAGGGAAGCCAAACGACUCAUUGCACUGCUCACUGACAAGAUGCUGCCUGAGCUGCGGAAGUACAUCCAGCACAUCAGCCUGUCUCCAGACUCCAUCAAAAACGAGGAUGCUGUGGCCCCACUUAUGAAGUACUUACAGGACACUAUGGGCAUCCUCACUGAAAACCUUGUGAAGGAGAAUCUGACCAGAGUUCUCCAAAGCAUGUGGGAGCUUCUGCUGCGGAUGAUCCUGGAUGCAAUUGCAGAAAACCGUGGUGUUCAGGUGGAGUUCUACAACCGCUUCCAGUACACAGUAGAGACCCUGUUGCAGUUUUUCCAUGCAAAAGGAGAGGGUCUGUUACUGGAAGAUAUGAAGAGUGGAGAAUACAAGGCCCUGGAGGAGGAGCUCCGGCUGAACAAAUGUUCCUCAUUUGAGCUGAUUGAGCAGUACUAUCUGGAGAAGAUUUCCCUGCAGAAAACACUCAAACACACCCGUUAUGGUCGGAUCAGUGUGAAGUGCUACUAUGAUGCGCCAGAGCAGAGACUGACGGUGGAGAUUCUGCACGCUGCCGACAUAAUUGCACUGGAUGCCAAUGGUCUGAGCGACCCAUUCGUCAUAGUGGAGCUCUGUCCUCACCACCUGUUCCCUUUGGCGAAGAGUCAACGCACCCAAGUCAAACUAAAGACACUUCAUCCAGUUUUUGAUGAACUCUUUCACUUCCACGUCAGUCCUGAACAGUACAGACACAGGUACGCCUGUUUGACCUUCACUGUGAUGGACUAUGACUGGCUCUCCACCAACGACUUUGCCGGUGAAGCUGUGGCUCCUCUCAGCGACUUCUGCUGGCCUGGGAGGCCGAACGCCUCAGCAGCUGGCAAGAGCGUCCAGCCUGCCAUCCUUCACUUGUCUCGCAGUAAACCCAGUGAGAAGCCAAUCAUGAGGAUGCUGGAUGCCCGCAUUGGAGACAGGGAGGCUCAGGAGUUUGUCCGCAGGCUGAAGGAGAUUGAGAAGUCAAUGGAGGAGGAGUAGGAAGCUGUCUGCACUGCCUGUAAUAAUGUUUGCCAACCACGUCUUGUGACAUGUGCUUUUGAACCGGUACAAUGUUUACAAUAUUUGAAUUUUUUUAAUGUUAUUGUUUGUUCAGUAAUUAUACCAAAAUGUAAAAGAAAAAUGACGAAAUAGUGAAGCUUAUCGCUGUUUCCUAACUGGGAGAUGAACAUCCUGUCACUGUGCCACCCUACUCUGUCUCAGUCAGACUAUAUUUUAAAACGUAAUGGAUAGUUGAUCCUGAAUGUUACUAGUCUAUAUUUUUUGUAAUCAAGUAAUUGUUAUAUUUGUUGUAUGAUCUUUGAUAUUAUAGAUUUAACAUAACAGAAAUAUUUUGUGGAAGUAGCUUAUGUAUCCAAGUCAAAGUCUAAAAGUAUACCUCAGAUAUGCUCAUUUGUUGCAGGGGUUAAUUCAUAAAUUUAAGGAUUUUUCAUAUUCUCUAAGAUUAAUUGAUUGAAAAGCGUAUAUGGGAUAAUCCCAUGUUGACUUUCCUGAUCAUACGUAGGCUGAGAAGCAAGCAGUUAAAAAUAAGAAUACCAGAGUGAUGGAAAAAAAGGCCACAAGAUAUAGCUUUGGGGAAUACUAUGAGACUUUGAGUUUUAGGGCCAGUCAGACAGCAGCUGCCAUACAGUCCCCUGAGGCGACACACCACAGCGCUGGUUCAUUUGGCUUUUCAGAUUGCUCUUCGCAAAGCUCCUGAUGGGUCACUGAAGAGGCCAAAAAGCGUGUGGUGGGAAGACAAAUUCUUUCAAUCGAGCUCCUCCGGGCUGUCUUACAGCCUCGAGUCAACAUCUCUGCAGAAAUUGAUGUGACAGUUUUGUCGGCGGCGUGCUAAUUUAAAGUUGUACAAACUUAGAACGCUGACAGAAACAAAUUCUCUCUGUCGUUUGCCAGAGCGGAAAAUGUAUUGAUGACAAGGUUCAUUCAGAGAACAGUUGAGAAGAAACCAACAUUUUAAAUGCUUCAAGUAAGUUACAGUUAAAGUUGCUGUUGGUAGUUGUGAUAUAAACAUCAGUUCUGAGAGAGAUUUCAAAUGUCAACACUACCCCUCCCCUCUCUGCUGUCGUAACCCCACCCACAAAAGAUCAUUGUGCGCGUUCUAUGCAUAGACUGUAUAAAAUAUGGACGGAGUAUCUGUAACGUCACCCAUCUGUUUCUGAAGCGCUGUUUUGAGGGCAGGCGGCGGCAGCAGCCAUAUUGCUGCCGUUGUGCGAUUGUGACGUAAAGAGGCAGGCUUUGAGCCUCCUAGCCAACAGCUACAGUGUUCCAGCCUGUCAAUCAAGUCAGCUGUGCCUCUCAUUGGAAGACUCGUAAUCUCAAUAUCUUAGAAAUUGCCGCGUUAG